ACAAAACACCAACAACUAACUGCAACAUCCAAAAAGAACAGACAACAUAGAAAUCACAAAGCCAGAGACAAGAAGGGAGGACGAUUAGGAUAGUCUCUCUCCCUCAUUCGAUUCGGAAUCAUGGGUUGCAGUGAAUCGAAGCACGAUGUUGCCGCUGGAAACACCAUCAGCCUCAGCAAGACAUCGAAGGCUGACGAGCCAAAGGAGAUCCAAAAGGAUGCCGACACCACCCCUGAAGCGGCCGACACCACCUCUGAAGGGGCCAACACCAACGGCGCAAACUUGCCCACGCAGAAAGAAGGGGAAAGCGAGGCGAACACGGGCUCGGGAGGUGAAAAUGUGAGUGAGGUGGCCAAUGUUGGAGACGUAACCCAAGAGACCGAGGCGAGAGCAGGAGAAGAGAAAGAUGGGAAGGCUGUAACGGAUGACUCCUCUCCUACGAAGGAGGUGGAUUUAAGUGCAAAUGUUGCAUUAGCUGAUAGUGUUGAGCCAGAAAAUGUUGUGGAAGAGAAGGAAGAAAAGGACAGCGGAGAGCCCGAGAUUGUGAAAGAAGAAAACUCGAUCAAGGAACUGGAAUCCGUGCAAGCGGUUGAUGAGUCAAAAGCAGCAAGUGCAGAGGGAGCUGCAGCAAAUGCAGCCACUAGCGACGAGAAGACAAACUGAAGAAAGAGUUCGGCAUACCAGGGUAGGAGCGAAUUGCAGUCGGAAAGUUCCUUUUUCUCUCAUACUAUUGCAUUGUAAUUUUACUAUGACAGCCUCUUGAGGGACAGCUUAAAUCACAACUUGAAUGGUACAAC